AUGCCUCGUUGCUGGCCCUUAUUGAGCUCCCGCUCCAAGAAGGAAGCGGGGGGCUCCACCGAAAAGUCGGGGAAGCUGGCAGACGGCGGGUCCAGUGCCUCCACACUUGCGACCGACGCCAAGGGAAAGAGCGACACCGCGAAGAAGGACGAGAAAAAAGACGACAAGAAAGACGAAAAGAAGGACGAAGAAAACAAGACAGAAGAUGACAAGACAGAAGACAAGAAGGAGGGCGAUGAUGAGGUUAAAGACGGCGAGGAGAAAGAUAAACCCAAGAUCAUCGUCGGGUCAGUGGGUGAGGCCAAGAACAUUUACAAAGGCUCGUCGGACGACGAUGGGAACUGGACCUGGGUCGACAAGUAUCCCGAUGAUGUCGAGGAGGCUGCCGAGAACGAGGAGACGGCCAAGUUCGCUGUCGUUGUGCGAAACCAAAAGAGUAACGACAGCCGGAAGAAGCUCGAAGCCCACAGCAUUAUCGUGCAAAGCCCACAGAUCAGGGCAGCCCUGUCCGAGAUCUUCGCCGACUACCCGGGUGUUGCUUGCGAAUUGACACGCCUCGAAUUCGAGGCCCCUUUCAAGCCCUUCGUGCACCGAUGGACCGAGUUCCAGAAGUACCUCGAGAAGCCGGACCUGGAUGAGAAGACCAAGGAGCAUAUGAAGGUGUUGGUUGACAUCCUGAACUACGAGAUCGGCGACGACGUCAAGACGUUCCAGGAUUACGUCAAGAACGGCGUCGUGUGCUUCAAGGACCUGUGGAUGAUCUUCCAGCCGGGUAACGUCGUCGUCUCGGCGCAUCAGGGCCCGCUCAGCGCCUUCGAGAUGGUCGAGACGGAAUACAUGCAGAACAACUGCGGCAAAUUCCUACAAGUCCGCUGCGACUGCGUCGACUACGGCGGCAAGGAGUUCGGCCGGUACCAGGAGGCGAUCAACAUCCCUGAGUUCAUUGGCACCAAGAAGAUUACCGGCCUCAAGGUGUAUCCCUUGCAUUUCCACGACGACAGGGAGGGGGUUACCGCCAAACUAAUUAAACGCGGCGCCACGUUCGAAACGCUGGCGGGCCACCACUACAAGCAAUAUGCCGGCAAGGCCAUCACGUGGGACCGCGAGGGCAAUGAGGUGGAAUGCCAGAUCACGGGCCGCAUCAUCGUCGACAUUGACAGCUUCAACCGCUUCAGUCCCUGGCGUGUGCGCUACCUCACCGACUUCAACGCCAACGACCUUGACAAAUUUACCAAGCACAAGGAGACGAUCGGUGUCUCGGACGACAAGUUCAUCCUGCCGCCCUAUUACCAGAUGCUCGCCCGCUGCAGGACACGCGGCUACUCGCUCAAGUUCAAGAAGUGGCUCGACUUCUUUGUGGAGCAGAUUACCGAGGUGGUCUGGAACAGCACCGCCUUCGACAAGCUGGUGUUGCCCCCGGACCAGAAGGAGCUUAUCCUGUCGUUCUCCGAGUCGCAAAUCGCGGGAAGCAACUUCGACGACAUCAUCCAGGGCAAGGGCAAGGGCAUUAUCUGCCUCCUGUCCGGUCCGCCCGGCGUGGGGAAGACGCUGACGGCCGAUGGCCGUGGCCGAGAACCUCAAGACGAGUGUGACGUGUUCCUGGAGGCGCGUAGCACGCACGAGCUGGAGCGCAACAAGAUCGUGUCCAUCUUCCUGCGCACGCUCGAGUACUACGAGGGCAUCAUGUUCAUGACCACCAACCGGGUCGAAGACAUCGACGCCGCGUUCCAGUCCCGUAUCCACGUCAGCAUCGAGUACCCCGACCUGACCUCCGCUUCUCGCCGCGCCAUCUGGGGCAACUUCCUCCGGGGGUCGACCAUCAAGAGCUCGCUCACCGACAAGGACAUCCACGAGCUGGCCGAGCUCAAACUCAACGGCCGGCAGAUCAAGAACGUGCUCAAGACGGCGCAGCUGCUUGCGGCCCGGAAGAAGAGCGAGACGCUGGACCGGAAGUUUAUCGAGACAAUUCUGAUCAUCGAGAAGAAGCGGCCAGGUGCCCCGCAGCAGAUGAUGCAUUACCUCUAA